AUGUAUCCAAAUAUGAGACUUCGCCGCAAUUAUUCAUGGGACAACUGGGGUUCUCACGGAUAUACAUUUGGUGUUAUACUUCUAAUCAUUGGCAUUCUCACACAAGUUCUCGAAUAUCCACGUAUUUACAAUGGGCCAACGAAUGAAGAUUACGGUUUGAAUUUGGUGACAGAAUAUUACAAUCACUGGUGGCCAUGGACAUAUGCAGCUAGUAUUUUUGGUUUACUAACAUUUGUAGCUGGUUUGAUGGGAAUCAUCGCUGGAUAUCGACGAAGCUAUGGUUCAAUUUUAACAUUUUUCGUCAUGUGUCUGUGUUCAACCUUGCUUGCUGUGUAUCUUAUCGUUUAUUUUGCAUUUAUUAUUGCAUUCUAUCGUUCGAUGAACAAGGAUCAAGCAAGUCAACGCACAUCAUCGGAAUCGGUCGCCUAUGGUCUCGCUAGUACCCAAUUAGCGAUCGCUUGUGUCAAUGUUCUAGCAAGUCUGUUGGCCGCAGUAUUCUCUGCACGUGCUAUUGCACUUUGUGUGCCAAAAGGUGUUCUCUAUGACGAUGUUCGGCCAACACCAAGACAAGCAGGAUCAACAACGAGUCAGAAUUUAUCAUGCGAGCCUGAUGCUUUACCAGCUGCGUCCACAAAGAGCGGACUUGAUGCCAACUAUGAGAAUAUGAUCGAAAACUUAUUACUGCAACAGGUUUUACUCUACACAAGGCAACGAUCGAAAACAUCACCACAGGCACAUACACUAUCGCCAACAUCAAACUCCUUAUUCGUGCGACAACCUGUCAUAGCACAAAACGACCAAGCUAUAUCUACAUCACCGGGCAAUUCUUCGAGCUGCACGCAUGUUAACAGUGAAGAAAACGACGAAGAGCCAACGCUGUGUUUGAUAGAAUCACAUGAAAAGAACUCGAGUGAUCUUAUUCAAGAUAUUCUGAAGCAAUACAAUCGACGUAGUAAUAAAAAUUCCCGUUUCGAUCGAGAUUUAAUGGAAUUAAUUGUCGAACGAAAUCGCAAACGUCGAAGUAUUGCUUGUAACCCAAACAAUACAUUCUACUCUCGUCUUCAAUGGUUAGCUAUUGGUUUAGUUAUUGACCGAUUAUUUUUCUAUGUUUAUUUUACCGCAACCAUCCUUUCAUACUUUGUUACUCUAUGGCUAAUACCUUUUUCUCAUCCGAAGUUAACUAUCGAUAUCAAUAAAUUAUAA